ACAAUUCACACACACACACACACACACACACACUCAGACCGGCUCGCAGAGGGAGAGAGCUGCUGCUGUACUGUCUGGAAGCUCAAAGCUGCAGCAAUGGCAACGCAAGUUUUCAAAAAACAGAAAACCAUCGAGCUGAGGAAGAAGCACAUUGGACCCUCCUGCAAGGUCUUUUUCGGCCAUGACCCCAUCAAGAUAGUUCGAGCUAGAGGACAGUACAUGUACAAUGAGAAAGACGAGCAGUACCUGGACUGCAUCAACAACGUGGCUCAUGUGGGACACAGUCAUCCUGAUGUUGUCCGAGCUGGAGCCAAGCAAAUGGAGCUCUUAAACACCAACUCUCGCUUCCUGCACGACAACCUUGUCCAGUAUGCCCAGCGUCUCCAGGCCACUCUUCCUGAAAAGCUCUCUGUCUGCUACUUCGUCAACUCAGGCUCUGAGGCCAACGACCUGGCCUUGAGGUUGGCUUGGCAGUACACUGGCCACAGAGACAUCAUCACGCUGGAUAAUGCCUAUCACGGCCAUGUGUCGUCACUCAUCGAUAUCAGCCCUUACAAGUUUCACCAGCUCGCACACCCACAGCAGAGUCAGCAUGUGCAUGUGGCUCCAAGUCCAGACAUCUACCGAGGAAAAUACAGGGAAGACCACCCAGACCCUGCUACUGCCUAUGCAGAUGAUGUUAAAGACAUCAUUGAGAAAGCUCAUGCAAAAGGGCACAAGAUCGCUGCGUUUAUUGCUGAGUCACUGCAGAGCUGUGGAGGACAGGUCAUUCCACCAGUGGGCUACUUCCAGAAAGUGGCACAACAUGUGAGAGAAGCAGGAGGGCUCUUCAUUGCGGACGAAGUGCAGGUCGGUUUUGGAAGGGUUGGCAGCCAUUUCUGGGCCUUCCAACUACAAGGGGAGGAUUUUGUGCCUGACAUCGUCACAAUGGGCAAACCAAUCGGAAACGGACACCCGAUUUCCUGUGUAGUGACUACCAGAGAGGUGGCUGAAGGCUUCAUGUCAUCUGGAAUGGAGUACUUUAAUACAUUUGGUGGGAAUCCUGUAUCAUGUGCUAUUGGGCUAGCGGUGCUGGACGUGAUUGAGAAGGAAGCUCUCCAGAGUAACGCCCUGCGAGUAGGAGGAUACCUCACUGACCUGCUGGAGAAGCUCAAACAGAAACAUCCUCUAAUAGGAGAUAUCAGAGGCCGUGGCCUUUUUGUUGGAGUGGAGCUGGUGAAAAACCGGAUUGAGAGAACUCCUGCUACAGAUGAAGCUCAGACUGUCAUAUACAGACUAAAAGACCAGAGGAUUUUAUUAAGCGCAGACGGGCCGCACCGCAACGUCCUGAAGUUCAAACCACCCAUGUGUUUCACCACAGAGGACGCUGAUUUGGCAGUUGACAAAAUCGACCAGAUUCUUACAGACCUUGAGAAGGCGUCGGACCUCAGUAUGCCUGCCGACAAAGACCCUGAAACUAUUCCAAGCAAAAGAAAGGAAACCUUGAAAGAAAAUGGACAUGAGAUCCAUUCAAAUGGCACCACCGAUAUCCAUUCCAUAACAAAGACUAACAAAAGACGAAGAACAUAAUGGACUAUGAUGUUCUUUAAACAUAAAAUGUAUGCUUCUAGAUCAAGGCCAAUUUUUGGUACUUUCAUGUUUUAAUGUAUUUAUCAUGUACAAGACAAUUUAAAUGAAUGUUACGUAACAUGAACAAUUUAUUUGUGUAUAUGUUAGGGCAAAUUUGCACUGACAUGCCAAAAGUCAUGGGGCAGUUACUUAUUUCCCCAAGUCUCGUGAUUUUUCCUAUAUCUCAUAAAAGCUAAAAAAUAAAAGCUAAAGAAUGCUGCUCUGACCUGAAGUAUGUGUCUGUGGGAUCUGCUGCACUGUGGAUGUGAAUUCUGCUAGAGUCAGAUGAUUCUAGCCAGACACCACAAGGCACAAUAAUCAUGUCCUCUAUGAUUUAUUCACAGUGACACUGUGGAUUAAGGAAUGUUGAAUGCUUGCAUUAGAAAUGGAAUGUACUAUCCAUCUGCCGCUUCAUUCCUACUCUUGUUUAGUUAAUUCUCGUCACCUUGCCAUGAGCAUGUUGGCCAGUGUUCAAACCACUCCUAAGUUAACACCUCCUAACUUAUAUCUAACAUAUCCCAUGUAUAUUCCAUGACUUUUGGCAUGUCAGUGUAGUUAUUUUAAUGGUGAGGCAAAGAAGUUAUUUAUGUUGCCACAUAAUUACUAAAGAUAAAUCUCAGGUGAAAAUGAAAUUCUACAGAUGCUUUAAUCAUUCUUAAGGGAAUAGUGUCUUUACUUUAUAUAAAUUCAGAAAGUACUCGUUUACUAGCUCAUUAUGUAGAAAUGAAAAAGUAAUGUUUGGUAUUUUGUAUGUUGGAUUUAUAAUAGUAUGUACAUCAGUCGUUGGAUGUGCAAUACAAUAAUUACUCCAAAGAGGUAAUUGUGCAGUUUUUACAAGAAACACUAUGUGUGCACUUUAAUAUAUAAAUAUACAGUAUUUUAGACAAAUAUUGGGAAGGUACUUUGGGAGAUAAAUAUGUAUCAACAUUGCUUGAGGUUUUUACAGAUAUACCUAUUAAAUGUUUACUGUAAAAUAAAGUACUACCAUGGCUACCAUGGUUUUAAUUACA